AAGUCACGAGUGAAUGGAACAAAUUGUUUUAAGAAAGAAAAAACUCGUAAAUCGGGAUGAGCUGUCGAGUGAAAAAUUAUUUAUAAAUUAACUAUAAAAUCAACAAUCAAUUAAUGUUUACAUAAAUCCAUGAAUCUGUCGUAAUUUAUUAUCAAAAUCGGGCACGAAAUGCCUCUAAAAAUUGAAAAUCAUCGUCGAUUGUAUCCAAUGUGUGCAAAAUUAGUCAUUAAACGAAAAAACGCGACGUACGUCAUUUCUAUGAGGAAAUGCAGUAUUAUUAAAAUUGAGGAUCGAUAAUAAUUGUCCAAAUGAGAUUUUCCAUUCGUUAAAUUUAUAAAUAUAAACAAUAAAAAAUCAUGUGGAGAUCGUCAGGAACUGUACCGAGAUAGAUGUGACAACCUAAGCAAAUCAAUUGUCAAUUUUAUUACUUUUAAAGAGAUGAAAACUAACGAGACAAGAAAAGAUAGAGAUAAAACACUACUGUUAUUGUACUAUAAUAAAAAUUACUGUUUCAUGCAAAAGAUUAUCGUGUAUAAAUCAGUUUUUAUUCCUCAUUGUCAUUAGCAAUUGUGUUAUCAGUCUAUCCCAGUACUGUUCCUGAUUGAAUUCAAGCUGAAAGUUAUUAGGACUUUUUGGAAAAAAAAAUGGAAUUCUUGUAAAUAGAUGAAUGCGUUUUUUUCGAAGGCGUGACAGCUUUAGAUGCCAUGAUGCCAGAUACGAAGGAAGAGUUCGAGCAGUUCGGUGAACAACUCAUAGCUAAGAUCAAUCAAUUCAACAAGCACACGGAGUUCCCGGCAUUUGCUGAGGAGUUAAUAAAUCGUAUAGCUGUAAAUCUUUCUUCGAUUACCCUGAAAAAAAUAAAGACAACAGUGGAUAAUUUAGCUAUCGAAAAGUCGAAGCUUGAGAAAGGUGAUAAAGGAAAGAAAAGCAAGGGUAAAGGCAAGGCGAAAUUGAAAAUUGAGGGUGAGAAUACACAUCUCAGUGAAUACGGAUACGAUGCGUAUGACAACGAGUACGAUGAUUUCAUGUAGCGGCCGUCCAUAAAAAAUCAUUUCACUCCACCAUCUAAUCGGCUGUACACACUUAUGCAAUGACAUCAAUGAAAUCUAUUUUCCACACACUAAAUUACCGAGAUUUAAAUCGGAGCGCAGAGGACAGGGGAGUGCAUUAAAUCCAUUAAUGCAUAUUGGCAAGUUCUUCAGGCAUAACAAUUAUAAAACACUGAAUGAAUUUCAUCAAAUGAUAAAAAGACGACUCUGCAGUUCGUGUUGUUCACUAUUGCGAAGUUAUUAUCAAUUUAAACAGUGAUAAUCUAUGUGUGUAUUGACGACGAAUUUAUGAUAAUAACAAACUAUCAUUUCCCCGAGUUUAUGGUGCAGGACUAUUUCAAAGAUAAUUGAAUUAAUGUGAUUGUGGCUGGAAUAUUUUAUCGAUGAUGUUCACUGGAUUACGGGGUGCCGCAAUACAGACCUUGUUGAAACACUGGUUUAAAUAAAGAAUAAAAGAGAAAAAAAUAACAGAUGAAAAUAAUCCAUUGAUAUUUGGUUUGAAUUGCGCAUAUUUCUAAAUAAAGGUUGAUCACAAACUUGGGUGAAUCGUUUUUUUCCAUCAUUGAUUGAUUAUUGUGGUGGUGCUGCUAUUGUCUGUUAUCCCUUGGCCUGGACCCUCGGUAUUUAAGAUAUCAUGCCCCCGGGAUCGUGCUUCAAUGGUCAGACGGAUCGUACAAAAGAGAUGGAUACCGAUACUGAAGAAGUACCAGGUGGAAUUACCUCUGGAGUGUCCCUUUCACGAGAGUCGGGAUAUAUUUUAUCCCCAACAGGCUGCCAAGUAUCAGCACAGAACGUCUCAAUGGACUUGUGGAUUAUGUGGAAAAUCUUUUUACUCCGAGAAACAUUUGGAGGCGCAUUUCGAUAGCAGGCAUAAGAGUAAUGUUAAUACGGCAGAAGAUGCUGUGUGUUUAGCAAAUUACUGUGACAUAAUGCGAUGCGACGUACUAGGACCAUCAGAACUGGAGAAUUCCUUAGUCGAUCCUACUGGUGCCCUAAACACAGACAUUCAAGUAUGGCGUGAAAAUACUGAGAGAAGUUCGACAGUGGUACCCUGUGAGUGUCGUGACUUGACUCGAAUGUAUGGUAAAGUCAGUGACAAAGCGGAAGUGAUACCAGCGGAUUCACGUCACCAGAGCCAUCAGAAACACUGUCGACGAGAGGAUAGUGUCUCUUCCUCGGCGUCGAGGACUGAAGAAUAUCACAGAGAUUUAGCUGGACCAGACAACAAGAGCAGUGCCUGUGAAAAUAGCGAGGAUGAAGACGAUGAUCCAAGCAAUCUUGUGGAAGCCGCAUUGCCAGCUGGAGACAGGAAGGAGAGGAAGAGGCAGUCGGAGAUUAGAAGAUUGAAGUCCCAUUGCAAACCUGAAGAGCUUGCUAAACUUAAAAUUCAAUGCGAAGUUUCCAGGCCAUCGAGAGUGAAUUAAAUCGUGCGAUCUGCUGGUAUCUGAGUUGUGACAGAUAUUGGGAGGACACUAAACGUCAUCAUCGUCAUACACCUUGGUACCUGCUCAUCACGUUCCUUUUUCUGCUGUCCUCUGGGAUAUGUGCUUGUUACUACGUCGUUUCUCUCCUCCUCAGCUCUGGAGAAGACGAUUGUAUGGACAUGGGUGACGAUCGGUCAGACGACCGGCCCUCUACCACCUCCUCCCUCCACGAUCCAGGAGGAAGUAAUCGUCACGACGAUCGUCGAAAAUACGAAGAGGGUGAGGACAGGCUAGUACCAACUGGAGAAAUGCCAGACCAUUACAUUUACGUCGCCUACCCUCCGGAGCUCAAACGUCGUCUCUUGGAAAGUUGUUACAACAGAACGACAAGAUUAUAACUCAAAGAUGAUAACCAGAGGGAGAAGAUUCAUCCUCUUGACUCACGCACGCACACAAUUAUGC